AUGUCGCAAUCUCAUCGCCUUCCCCCGAAGCCACUGCCUUUGAAGGUUGAUUCCAAAAAUGGAGGAGACCGACCGAAUUACAUCAUUUUCAUGCCGGAUCAGUUGAGAUAUGACUCUCUCGGCUGUACAACUGGUCCCGAAUCUGAGAUUAGGACCCCGAAUAUCGAUGCAUUCGCUGCAAGAGGAAGUCUUUUCACCAAUUGCUUUACGCAAGCUUCUGUGUGCUCUCAAUCGAGAUGUAGUAUGUUCACUGGAACGUACCCUCACGUCAGUGGUCAUCGGAGUCUUGAAAACCUCAUCAAGCCUUGGGAACCGAAUAUCUUUAGGAGUUUGAAAGAGUCGGGAUAUCAUGUUGCGUGUCUUGCACCUCGAGGCGACACUUUUGCACCAACUGUUACGGAGCUGAGUCUCAGUGAAUACGGGUUCCUUGAAACACCAGAAUUUACACCAAAGUUUGCUGGUGGCGGACGAGAGGUUGAUGAGAGUAUUUGGGGGAGAUUGUUCUACCGUGGAUUGAGAGAUGCGGACAAGGCUUUGGAUUAUGAUGAAGCUGUUGUGAGAUCGGCUUUGACGUGGUUGGAUUGUCCUCCUACGGAUAAGCCAUGGGUUCUUUUCAUGCCUCUCAUCUUCCCUCACUGUCCGUUCCAAGUUGAAGAACCGUAUUUUUCUAUGUAUGAUCGCUCCAAAGUCUCCAGUGUUGAGGCGACGGUCGAUAAGAAGACUGGAUACGAACCGCGGUAUAUGAAGUCGAUUCGAGAAAAAUACGGCACUCGUCGCGCGACGGAUGAGAUUUGGAAGGAGAUCAAGGCAACUUAUUAUGGUAUGAUCUCUCGACUGGAUGAUCAGUUCGGUCGAGUUCUCAAGAAAGUGGAUGAUCUUGGGCUCUGGAAGGAUACUGUCACUAUGUUCUUCACUGAUCAUGGCGAAUAUCUCGGUGAUCAUGGACUCAUUGAGAAGUGGCCUUCAGGCCUUUCAGAGACACUAGUCCACGAACCUCUCAUCAUUGGAGGUGCGGGACUGCCAGAAGGAAAGAAGGUCGAUGCCAUGACCGAAAUGGUUGAUCUAGUACCCACGAUGCUAGAGACAUCAGGGAUCGGAGAGUCAUUCGCUCAUAAUGGCCUGUCAUGGAUCCCUCUUCUAUGUGGCGAUGCCAAAAAGCACAAGCAGUAUUCCUUCUCUGAAGGUGGCUUCCUCACAUCCGAAGAACCAAUCCUCGAGCAAGCGCCUUAUCCCUACGAUCUCAAAGCCGGACUUCAACACGAAGACACGACUCUCGUCGGAAAGGCCAUCUCACUGCGAGACGAGAACUGGACUUAUGUGUACCGACUGUACGAACCGGCCGAGCUGUAUCAUCGACAUGACGAUCCUCAUGAGCUUCACAAUCUGGCUCAAGACCCUGAUCAUAAGGAGUUGGCGGAUAAAUAUGAGAAGGCUACGCUGAAGUGGCUUUUGGAGGGUGCUGAUGUCAUGCCUUGGACUAAGGAUCCGAGAUUUCCAGAGGUCAAGCUUAAGAGUCCGAGGGAGCAGAUGGAAGAGAGGUUGAAGCAGGUCAAGAGUGAUUGA